CUUUAAAACAUAUCGAUGCGAGACAAACUCUUACGCGAGGUACUGUCAAAAUUACACCCAAUCGAGAAGUACUAUGACUCUAGUGAACUGAAAUGUGCGUUGGAGACACAGAAGGAUGCGGAAAAGCUCUGUGCAGAUUUUAGUAAAGCUCUUAAGGGCGACUUGAAUUUGGAAGAGAUAACGUCGCAAUAUUCUGCGGCCAUUAUGCUGCUUCUAUUGUCUGAUCCAGAGACACAAAAUCAGCAUCUCGAACUCUUAAACGAUUGCUUCAACUACACGGAUAUGCUGAAGCCAACAAUGAUAGACUACGCCACCCGUGAAUUGCUAGAAAACUUUAAAUUUUCUGCCAGUCUGAUUGAGAAUCAUACGGAUUAUGAUUACAUGUUGUAUUUACUAUGGGCAAUACCACAUAUAAUCACGGCAAGCGAGACGGGAAAGAUGAUUUCUCUUGGAUUGCUGCGCGCUUUUAUUUCCGAACUGACGAAAGCGAGUCCGAUUAUAAUGCAUAUAUAUCGAAAUAUUACAGAGAUCUGGCAAAUGCUAAAAGCGGUGAAUUUAGCGACAAUUCUGGAUGAGUGGUCGCUGGAGAAAAUAUACACCUUGGUGAAGAGUUUUGGACUAGUAUUAUCGACAGCAGCGCUUAACACUAAUAAUACGGCUCUGAAACAGGCCGGCUACCGGGGAUUUGAGCUACCGCAAUCGGAGACUGAGAGCGAAAUAUCCGAGUGGUUUAAAACGCUACGAAAUAAGCUGGACGAGCACCACAAAGAUGAUAAAUCCAAAUCCAAAUCCGCGUUGAUGUUGGUGCGCUUUAUUGACUUUAAUAUACUUGGCUUUUUAACAGAAGCGGGCAAUGAAUUAGCUUCAGAGGCGGGAAAUGAAGCUGCUGCAUAGCAUUUAAGUAUUAGCUUUUAGCUUGUGGAUUGUAUUUCUCAUAUCAAAUUACAUGUUGAAUUGAAAAUACAUUUUGUCAUGGAAUUUA